CCUGUGUGUGUGUUCCUGUCUCAGGCAGGGGCUGAAGUGCACACAGGAUGAGCUGGCCGGCUCAGCGUUCCUCACAGUGAAGCUGGAUGACUCAAUGAAAGGAUCCUCCGUUCAGGUGAGAGUGACUCAGGGCCAGGAGCCCCCCCACCUGAUGAGCCUGUUCCAGGGAAAGCCCAUGAUCAUCCACAGCGGGGGAACGUCCCGUAAAGGGGGUCAAUCUAAGAGCGGCACCACCCGCCUCUUCCACAUCCGCCAAAGCUCCUCCAGUGCCACCCGGGCGGUGGAGGUCGAGGUCUCUGCUUCCAACCUGAACACCAACGACGUGUUCGUGCUGAAAUCCCAGAGCGGCCUGUUCGUAUGGAAGGGUGUGGGGGCCAGUGCUGAGGAGAUGGAUGCAGCCAAGCACGUUGUUGGCUUCCUGAUGGGCAAUCCCACCCAGGUGUCAGAGGGCAAGGAGCCAGGUGAUUUCUGGUCUGCUCUCGGCGGCAAGAAGACUUACCAGACGUCCAAGAGUCUGCAGAAUGUAGUCAAGCCCCCACGUCUGUUUGGCUGCUCCAACAAAACUGGAAGGCUUAUUGUGGAGGAAGUGCCAGGGGACUUCACUCAGUCAGACCUGGCCACUGAUGAUGUCAUGCUCCUGGACACCUGGGACCAGAUCUUCCUGUGGGUCGGCGACGAUGCUAAUGCAGAGGAAAGGAAUGGAGCUCCUAAGAUAGCUAAAGAGUACGUGGACUCAGACCCGUCCGGUCGCCGGGGGCUGCCCAUCACCACCGUCAGACAGGGGGCCGAGCCCCCCACCUUCACCGGCUGGUUCCAGGCCUGGGACCCCAAGAUGUGGGAGACAGAUCCCUUCGACAGAAUCCGUGCACGUUUCUAAAAACACAAAAUUCCCCAAGCUCUUUCCACCUAUCUGACUCCUUAGCUGGCUAGCACUUUCUAUUGCCAUUUAUUUUAACCAUUAGAGUUAUCAUCAGGUUGAAUGGCAGCCUCUAUAUGCCUUGGUCAUGGUGCAGAGCAUCGGACUUCAUAACAGUAUCAUCAGUAUCAUCAGCAUCACAUCAGUAGUUAAAAAUGACUUCCUGUUGCUGCAUAAUUUGUAAUUGAUAACGUGGUUUAUUGAUCUGUUGCACUCUAUAGCUAAUUUGUAUCUAAGCCACUAUCAAUAAUUAGUCUAUUUGCUAGCUUAUAGAGUCCUAUUGUGAACCUGGAAAUGUUAAGUACAACAAAGUUUUAUGUUAGAAAUGAAGAGUAAAUAUAGCCAUAUAGUAAAAUGGCAGUUUUAACCAGAAAGUGACCAUAUUUUUACUGAGCUGAUUUUGAAGUAUUUUGGGUUGAUUUGAAAGUUUUAGGGAAUGUAAAACUGCCAUAUUAGACCCUAAACAUUUCUUAAAUUGAUUCAGCAUCCUCAAUAUGUCAGGAACCACACCAAAAGUGUACAAAUCGGCCGGGCCAUUUUUGUACUAUUCUGCGUAUGCUAAAGAAUGCUAAUGAAUGCUACUUAUGCAAAUUGCCCAACAUAUGCAAGUUAGCAUCCGACAGUUUCUAUGUGCUGGGGAACCGUACUGUACAUUUCUAUCAUACUACUUUGGGGUACUCACACUGCUGGCAAAUAGACUAAAUAGGAAAAAUUGGAAAGGAAGUCAUUUCAGGGAGCCAGAGAUCCUCUGCUUCUCUCUUUCACUUCAGAAGACACAAUCAUGCUUUCCUUUCAGUCUGUCUUCAAAGUUUAGUUUUUUUCAUAGACUCCAUUACUUUGCGGUGUUUACAUGUGUUGUGUUUUAUUUGGUACUGAAUAGUUGUACUUGCUAGAAGUUGCAUGUUGCAUUGUUUUUAAAUCAUAUCCUGUGCUUGUGAAUUUUUAAAAAGCGAACAGCGGCGUUUCCGCUGUCUUUAUUACUUGACCCUGAAUUGCUCAAUGGAUAGCUUUUAAAUAAAAACUCCCAGUAUUUCAAA